AUGGACAAGUUUCUACGUGAAAGCAAAUCGUUGGAAGCACGUUUGAACCGAGCGUCGCAAAAUGUUCAAAAGCUUAAGAGUAGGAAAGAUAUCGAUGACGUUGACAUCCAGACCGAGCUGGAUAAUAUUGUGGAGAUUUGGACGGCUUAUCUCUCUGUUCACAAGCGAACGGUAGACAGUUGCAAGGAUGAAGAGAUGGAAGAAAUCCUGGAGCAUCAGGCUGGAUUUUCGAGGAUAGCAUCACAAGAUGGCGUCACUGCCAUUGAACAGCUGGCACAGCAACAAGCAGAAUUCAUUCGAUUGAUUUCCAAUAAUUUCAACAUGGCAACUCAUGCAAGCAGUAGUUCAUCAACGGUUGCUGCACAAAAUGCCACUCCACACACCGAUGUCAAACUCCCUCGAAUGAAUAUGCCUACGUUUGGAGGCAACAUUCUCGAAUGGCCUUCGUUUUUCGACCUUUUUGACAGUGCAGUACACAAGAACGCAGCUCUGCGGGAUAGCCAGAAACUUUAUUCCCUCAAAACAAAUCUUGUCGGAGAAGUCGCAACUCUGAUAUCCCACCUUCGUAUAGAGGACGUGAACUACGCUCCCGCUCUUGCUAAAUUGAUGAAUAGAUAUGACAAACCGCUAGAAAUUGCCGCUCAACACAUUCAUCGAUUCUUGAGUCAACCGUCUUUAACGUCACCGUCAGCUGCGGGUUUGCGCUCCCUACAUGAUGUGUCGGAUGAGAUCAUUCGAGCGUUAGCAGCAAUGAACCAAGAAGGACGGGAGAUAUGGCUGCUGUACAUCUUAGUCGAGAAACUGGAUGCCGAAAGUAAGCAGUUGUGGUGUCAGAAAAGAUCAGAGCUCAAAGAUGAAGAUAUAAUUUUGGAUAAGUUUCUGAAGUUUGUGGAUGCGCAAAGUUGCGCACUGAAGUCCGUUCAACCGAGUUGUGCGAAGAAACUGGUGGCCAAUACGGUUCUACCAAGCAAACCUUCUACUACCUGGAUUAACAAACCUGGACCAACAGCUCUCGUCACCACCGGGCAUCACUUCUCUCAUUCAAUGCAGAACCUCUGCGAGAACUGCCUGAAGCAACAUUUCGGCGAGCCUUGCCAAUCCGUAAAUUGCCGAAAAUGCAAUCUUCCUCAUCACACUCGCCUUCACGAGGCCCUCCAACCAAAGGUCGAUUCAACUCCCGUUCACGUCACAGCGGCAACAACCAGUCCAUCUGGUUCGUAUUCGAUGUCGCAAACACCAAUCGAAUCCGUUGGUCCAGCAACUGAUUCAUGGACACUAACAGCUGUGCUUGAUUGUGCUUCCCACACCAGCUACAUUACUCAGGAUCUAUGCCAGAGAUUGGGUCUUCCUACAACUGAAGUAGACGUCGAGUUCGGUGAUAUUGCUGAUACAUCCGGGCACGCGAGCAAAGGAGCACUGGUUACGUUUACUUCACAUUGCUCCAAUUAUCGGAACGUAGUACCGUGCAUAAUUCUGGAACGACUUACUUCCGAUCUCCCGAUUAGACCGAUCAACACUAAAGAUUGGCCAAUUCCUGGAUCGAUUCCGUUGGCUGAUCCCCAGUUUCACCAUCCAGGAAAAAUAUGUAUGCUUCUCGGCAAUAAGCUUUUUUUCCAGUUGCUCGAACCGGGAACAAUCAAACUUGGAUCAGACGACGGACUUCCGGUUCUCCAAAAUACCAAGCUAGGAUGGGUAGUUUCUGGUGGCUACAAAGAUAGUGGCAUUCAAUCAGACGCCUAUGCUCCGUCGUGUUUAUUAACAGCAUCCAAUAAUACACUCUCCGAUCAACUCCGCAAAUUCUGGGAGUUGGAGGAGUACACGAAUCUUUCUCCGCACCUAAACGACGAGGAGAUCCUUUGCGAAGAGCAUUUCGCUAAACAUACAUUCCGUGAAGGCAACGGAAAAUUCGUUGUUCGACUUCCAUACUCGGAAAGCCCCACUUCUCUCGGUAAAUCGAGAGACAUUGCUGAAAAAAGAUUACUCCAUCUCGAGCGCAAAUUGGAAAGAAAUGCUGAUUUAAAACAACAGUACUUUUCGUUCAUGCGAGAAUACAUCGAUCUCGGGCAUAUGAGUCCCGCCACUAUCUCUGGUUCGGAAAACUGUGUUUUUCUUCCACAUCAUUGCGUUGUUAAGGAGGAUAGUACGACGACGAAGUGCCGAGUCGUCUACGACGCCUCAGCCAAAACGAGCAGUGGCAAGUCUCUUAACGAUAUUCUCUUGGCGGGUCCUGUGCUGCAAGAUUCUUUGAUAAACUCGCGGGUGAUGUUAAACAAAUGUACAGAAUGGUACUCCUCCAUGAUGACGAUCGAAACUGCAUUCGAAUUUUGUGGCGCUGGUCCAAGGACGAGCCGAUUCAUGAAUAUUCUUCUACUCUCUCAUCAAAACCAAUUCCCGGACACCGUUACGAAGGCUUUAAAAGGAAUUUACGUUGAUGACGUACUGACUGGUGCUGAUUCCGUAGAUGAAGCCAGGAAACGUCGACAAGAACUUUCCAGUAUUUUUUCUGCUGGAGGAUUCCAUCUGCGGAAGUGGGAUUCUAAUAGCCCCGAUGCGCUGGAAGGCGUCCCUGAAGAGGACCUCGAAAUGAAAAUCCCUAUCGAGAUCAACGAACCCAAUACCAUCAAGGCUCUCGGAAUCCACUGGCAGCCGUGUAGCGACGAAUUUCUGUUCAGCAUUCGAUCACCCAAGAUCCUUCAGCCCACAAAGCGCAUCAUUCUUUCGAACAUUGCUAGCCUCUUCGACCCGCUCGGUCUGCUCGCGCCUAUCAUCAUCCAAGCAAAGCUAUUGAUGCAACGUUUGUGGGAACUGAAGGUGGACUGUGAUGCUAUUCCCCCCGGUGAGUUGACUAAUAUCUGGCAAGUUUUCGUACAAAAUCUGGCGCUUCUCAAUUCAUUUCAGGUUCCUAGACGAGUAAUUGGCAUCAACAGAACGUCGCGCAUCUUCCUACACGGCUAUAGUGAUGCAUCCGAGCGAGCCAUGGGUGCCUGCAUAUACAUCCGAGCAGUGGACGAUGCUGAUAAUUAUAGCUCUAAUCUUCUGUGCGCAAAGUCCAAGAUUGCACCAAUUGGGAAUAAAAGCAUGACGCUGCCACGAUUGGAGUUAUGUGCAGCAAUGAUCCUCUCACGUCUAAUCAACAACGUAACCAACGCCAUCAAUCAACCCCUCUAUGAGGUACGAGCAUGGGUUGAUUCAAAUGUUGUGCUGGCUUGGCUGAACGGAGGUGCGUCUCGCUGGAAAACCUUUGUUGCCAACCGGGUGGCAGAAAUCACUACUCAUCUACCGGCUGCCAAUUGGAGUCACAUCGACUAG